CUGAUCCUCACCCCUCGUUCGCUUUAUGUAUACCGACCCACUGCUGCCGGACCGCGCACACACCGCUUCGACCCAUCUAAAACGCGCCAUCCCCUUAGCGAGCCCGGCUUUUUGGCCGCAGCAACAGCAAUGUGCGACUCGACCUUUACCUUUGGCCAGCGCGGCAGCCACUGGAUGCAGUGUCGGUCCAGGCGAGAACAUACACGGCUUCCCCACCAGUUGACGCGACUCCUGGCGUCGCCGCACUUGACGCUGCUGCAUCAUGUGACGUUAGGGUUUGAAGAUAGUUUCCUCGUUACUUGGCGCGAUGCCUCUGGCCAGGACCGCGUCGACGCCGCGGGGCUGCCACCCGAGCUGCUGCAGUUUGUCGGCGCCUCCAACCGCAACGUCGCCCACAUUCGCUGCGCUCUGGGCCCCUACAACGAGUCGUUUUUCGUCCACGACAAGACCUCGUACCUGUGGAACAAUCUCCCCGGCAAGCUCGUCGCUGCCAUCCAGAACAACGUCAAAGAUGGGAAUUGGAUUGAUCGCCCGCGCCUGGUGGCCCUCGGCGCAGACGACAAUUUCAUCAUGCUGACCGAGACCAACGCUGCCGUGUGGCACCUGCAAAACUACAAGCCACUGAUGCCGCUGCUGGCGCAAAUUGACAUGGCUGAUAUACAUGCCUUGACUCUCCAUGCAUACCGCUUCGAUUGCUUCCUAGUCCAGACCAAAGACGGGAAGCUCGUGUACGAAAAUAUACCCCCGCAUGAGGUUCCAGCCGUCCAGGCCAUGGUCAAGCCCAUACUGCAUGAUACCAAGGACGCCCAGGCACGCCGCUUCCCGCGCAGAGACAGUGCCAGCACGGCGGCCGCUAGUCCCCAGCGGAGACCCACGCUUCUCCAGCAGCGCGCCCAGCUGCGCAGGGAAUGGACUGAGCAUAGCCAAGAGUUUACGGCACAAGCAAAGGGCGUCAAGUUGAGCUUUAGCCUGAGUGUCAAUCUAGGUGGACUGUCGAGAGUGCUUGGUUGA